CAGUAAAGAGAGGCGAACCUCGAUCUCGGCGGUAUCCAUCGUGGGCAGCGGACUAGUAAAGGUCAUGGCACCGGCGGAAAUCUUGAACGGGAAGGACGUCUCCACUUGAGUCUGCUCUCUCCUCUCCAUUGAUGGCAUUUUUCUUCAGUCUUUUAUCUGGAAGGACCAGCUGUAAAGAAACAGAUGGUUUGCUGCGGGAAGGCCACUGGGAGAAGGUGCUCAGAGUUUUUGCAAAUAAAGCAGCGACUGAAGAACCAGGUCACUGAGAUAAAGGAGCGAGUACCUGGUUUCACACCAGGCCUGGCAAUAUUACAGGUUGGCGACAGAGAUGAUUCCAAUCUUUAUAUAAAUGUGAAGCUGAAGGCUGCAGAGGAGAUUGGGAUCAAAGCCACUCACAUUAAGUUACCAAGAACUGCCACAGAAUCUGAGGUGUUAAAGCACAUCACAUCUUUGAAUGAAGACUUCACCGUGCAUGGGUUCCUAGUGCAGCUACCUUUAGAUUCAGAAAAUCCCAUUAACACCGAAGCAGUGGUCAAUGCUAUUUCACCAGAGAAGGAUGUGGACGGGUUGACUAACAUCAGUGCUGGAAAACUUGCUAGAGGUGACCUAAACGGCUGUUUCAUCCCUUGUACACCUAAAGGAUGCUUGGAACUCAUCAAAGGGACAGGGGUGCAGAUUGCCGGGAGGCACGCUGUGGUGGUCGGGCGCAGCAAAAUAGUUGGCGCCCCCAUGCAUGACCUGCUCCUGUGGAACCAUGCCACAGUGACCACCUGCCACUCCAAGACUGCCAACCUGGACAAGGAGGUGAGUAAAGGUGACAUCCUGGUGGUCGCAACUGGUCAGCCUGAGAUGGUGAAAGGGGAGUGGAUCAAACCCGGGGCAAUCGUCAUUGACUGUGGAAUUAAUUACGUCCCAGAUGACACUAAACCGAAUGGGAAGAAGAUUGUGGGCGAUGUGGCAUACAGCGAGGCAAAGGAGAGGGCGGCCUUCAUCACUCCUGUUCCUGGAGGCGUUGGGCCCAUGACCGUGGCCAUGCUAAUGCAGAGCACAGUAGAGAGUGCAAAGCGUUUCCUGGAGAAAUUUAAGCCAGGAAAGUGGCCGAUUCAGUAUACCAAGCUUAACCUCAAGACACCUGUUCCUAGUGACAUUGACAUAUCGCGAUCCCAGAAGCCAAAGUCCAUUGGUAACUUGGCUCAAGAAAUUGGUCUGCUCUCUGAAGAGGUGGAACUGUAUGGGGAAACAAAGGCCAAAGUUCUGCUGUCGGUGCUGAAACGCCUAAAGCUACAGCCCGAUGGGAAAUACGUGGUGGUGACUGGAAUAACUCCCACUCCCCUGGGAGAAGGGAAGAGCACGACCACAAUCGGGCUUGUGCAAGCCCUCGGAGCCCACCUCCAUCAGAACGUCUUUGCGUGUGUGCGGCAGCCUUCCCAAGGCCCCACCUUUGGGAUAAAAGGUGGCGCUGCUGGUGGUGGCUACUCACAGGUCAUUCCUAUGGAAGAGUUUAAUCUGCACCUCACUGGUGACAUCCACGCCAUCACUGCAGCUAAUAACCUCGUGGCUGCCGCCAUUGAUGCCCGGAUAUUCCAUGAACUGACCCAGACUGACCAGGCCCUCUUUAAUCGUUUGGUACCAUCAGUAAAUGGAGUGAGAAAAUUCUCUGAUAUCCAGAUCCGAAGGUUACGGAGACUAGGCAUUGAAAAGACCGACCCUACCACACUGACAGACGAAGAGAUAAACAGAUUUGCUAGACUGGAUAUUGAUCCGGAAUCCAUAACCUGGCAGAGAGUGCUGGACACCAACGAUCGAUUCCUGAGGAAGAUCACAAUUGGACAGGCUCCAACAGAGAAAGGGCACACACGGACGACCCAGUUUGAUAUCUCUGUGGCCAGUGAAAUCAUGGCUGUCCUGGCUCUGACCAGUUCCCUGGAAGACAUGAGAGAGAGACUGAGCAAAAUGGUGGUGGCCUCCAGCAAGAAAGGGGAGCCCAUCAGCACUGAAGAUCUGGGGGUGAGUGGUGCGCUGACCGUGCUCAUGAAAGAUGCAAUCAAGCCCAACCUCAUGCAGACAUUAGAGGGCACUCCAGUGUUUGUUCACGCUGGGCCGUUCGCUAAUAUCGCGCAUGGGAAUUCCUCCAUCAUUGCAGACCGGAUUGCGCUCAAGCUUGUUGGCCCCGAAGGAUUUGUAGUGACUGAAGCAGGAUUCGGAGCCGACAUCGGAAUGGAAAAGUUUUUUAACAUCAAAUGCCGGUACUCUGGUCUCCGCCCUCACGUGGUGGUGCUCGUUGCCACUGUCAGGGCUCUCAAAAUGCACGGAGGCGGCCCCGCGGUAACUGCUGGACUGCCUCUUCCCAAGGCUUACAUAGAGGAGAACCUGGAGCUGGUUGAAAAAGGCUUCAGUAACUUGAAGAAACAAAUUGAAAAUGCCAGAAUGUUUGGAGUUCCAGUAGUGGUGGCCGUGAAUGCAUUCAAGACAGAUACAGAGACCGAGCUGGACCUCAUCAGCCACCUUUCCAAAGAACAUGGGGCUUUUGAUGCUGUGAAAUGUACUCACUGGGCAGAAGGGGGCAAGGGCGCCCUAGCCCUGGCGCAGGCUGUCCAGAGAGCAGCUCAGGCACCCAGCAGCUUCCGGCUCCUCUAUGACCUCAAGCUUCCAGUUGAGGAUAAAAUCAGGAUCAUCGCACAGAAGAUCUACGGGGCAGACGACAUUGAGUUGCUCCCGGGAGCUCAGCACAAGGCGGAGGUCUACACAAAGCAGGGCUUUGGGAAUCUGCCCAUCUGCAUGGCCAAAACACACCUGUCCUUGUCUCACAAUCCAGAGCAAAAAGGCGUGCCCACCGGCUUCAUCCUGCCCAUCCGUGAUAUCCGAGCCAGUGUUGGGGCAGGUUUUCUGUAUCCCCUGGUGGGAACGAUGAGCACAAUGCCUGGACUCCCUACCCGGCCCUGUUUCUACGACAUUGACUUGGACCCUAAAACCGAACAGGUGAAUGGCCUCUUCUAAACAGGUUGUCCAUCUUCAAGAACCUGAUGUGAAAGUUAGGCUAGUAUGUAUUCAGCCUGCUGUCAGCGGUGUCAGGAAGUCAGGAGAAAUCAGCCUCUGCCCCGAAGAUCUUCUGAAAGUAGUGGGAAUUUCUCCGGAAGCCUCUCCUUUGGUCUUCAUACCUAUCAUGUCUAAAUUAACAUAAAUCAUGCACAUACCUAUUUACUGAAAUCUGACAGAGUAAAAGAAAGUAAUUUUGCCAUCUUGGUGUUUAAAUAUAAACUAUAGCGUUAACAGGCUGCUGCAGUAUCUCUGCCAUCCUGUGUGAGCCCAUUUGCCCAGCACAUCCCUGGGACCAAGGAAGCAAGUCGCACUGUAUGCUCUGUGGUGCUGUUUUGUUCAAGCGGGGAAACGGUGCACGCUUUGGAAGGCACACCAGGAGAAGCAGGGGAUGCAGGGUGUACAUUUUUACCAUAGCCUUUCUAGUCUUUUUUUUUUUUUAACCCUGGUAAAAUAUUGCUCAGACAGUGACAUUUUCCUGAACUUCUUGGAAUUUCCGUUUCCAUCACAGCUUUAUUUUACAGUCUUCAAGGAAGGCUGGGUGUAGAGCACUAACGUUAGGUUAGUUAGCCCUUUUUGCUCUAUUGGUUCAGCAAAUAUUUAUUGAACUUUUCCAUGUGCCUGGGCCCUGCUGUUCCCCACAGAAUAUUUUUUUGCUCCAAUAAUCUUCCUUCUUGCUUUUUUGUCGUCUGUCUCUUCUCCCAUUCCCCCACCCCCUUGUCUUCCUGCAUUGGAUCCUUCCAGUAGAUGUUGCAUCUUCACUGGUGCUGGCAGAGCCGUAUUUCUCCUGGGGUCCUUGGUUGUCCUACUUUCAGUCCCCUCGGUUCACAUCAGUGUUGUAACAUGAUGUAUUACAAUACAAAUAAACACUGGUGGGGGCAUGCGGCAGCAGGGCCCUGAGUGCAGAGCCCCAGCUCUCCCGCGCGUUGUCUAUACUGCCUGGCCCAGCGCACUCAGGUGGUGUCAGUUCCUGCUCCGAAGCAUCAUUCAGGCCCUGUCUGCACAGGGCUCUCUGUUUCUGAUUUCCUUUUUUUUUCCAAUGUCCUAUAAAACCUCAUUUGGGAUGGGACUUGCUGGGAAUUCAGUUUGUAAACUGUCUGUUGUCAGACAUGAUGACUUAAAGAUCAUCUUAGCCCUGGUUGGCGUGGCAGGGUGGGUUGAGUGCCAGCCUGCAAACCAAAGGGUUGCUGGUUCGAUCCCCAGUUGGAGCACAUGCCUGGGUUGCAGGCCAGGUCCCCAGCAGGAGGUAUGGAAGAGGCAACUGCACACUGAUGUUUCCUCCCUCCCUUCCCCUCUCUCUAAAACAAACAAACAAACUUUUUUUAAAGAAAGUUCAUCUUAAAGUUUUUAAGCUUCCUCGUAUCACCAAAAGCCAUGUGAUUUUAAAUCCGUAAUGUUGAUAGGAAUGAUAAACAUAAUUUGUGAGAGAGGAGAUUUAUAAGCCAAAGAUUAUAAAAGCUCUAAUGCAAUAAAUAAUGCAAAUGUUUUUACUAGGUAUUGCGUGGAAUGAAUGGACCAUUACCAAUGCAAGAAACUCCUAAGUAGCAGUACAGUAUGUCUUCAGUAAAAAUUCAAAUGUUACAACUUGCUUUUUUCUUAAAGGUUUUAAUUUAUUUUUGGAGAGAGGGUAGGGGAAAGAGAAAGGGAGAGAAAUGUCAAUGUGAGAGAGAAACAUUGAUUGGUUUCCUAUCACACAUGCCCCAACUGGGAACUGAACCUGCAACCCAGGCAUGUGCCCUGACCAGGAAUUGAACCAGUGACCUUUUGCUUUGGGAACAAUGCUUAAAUAAACCACUCUAGUCAGGGCACAACUUGUUUUUUUCACUGGGCAAUAUAUCUUAGAGAUCUUACAGUACCAGCAGUUUGAGAUUCAUCUUGUUUCUUAUGGCUGUGUAGUAUUUAAACAGUCCUAUCAACGGACACUUCCCUUUGGGGGGUUUUGCUAUUCUAAAGGAUGUAGCAGUGAAUAGUCCCAUACCAUAUGUAUCUUUGCUACUUGUGUCAAAGCCUCUCUAGGAUAAAUUCCUAGAGAUUGAAUUGCUCAAAGAAUAACUUCUAGCUUUAAAGUGAGAGCUGACCUUUGGUUUCAAAUGUAUGGAGAUAAAUUAUACUGGAACAAAUCUCUAAAUUAGGUUAUAUCUCCAUUUUACAAAAAGGUAAACUUCAGAAUUUCACUGCUGCUACCUGCCAGGUGAACUGACGGUCAUCUGCCCCCAAAGGCUUUGCUCUUUGCCGUCAUUCUGCCUCUCAGAGCUCUUCCUGGAAGACAGCCCCCGCCAGCCUGUGCGGAAAUGGACGUGACCCAUGGAAAGCUGUGCCCAUUUCACGUCCCUUCUGAAGGACAGGAUAAUAAAAGUGGAAGAAGCAGAGGGACGGAAUAAAGAGGCUAGGAAGGCUGCCAAGCAAUUAUUGGUGGCACAGGUUUGUGGAACUGGUUCUUUAAUCCAUGAUAAAGAAGAGGUGUGAUAAAAAGCAUAAAGAAUGAAAAAUAACUGCUGGCUAAUUGAAGACCUGCAUUUAAAACCUACAGGAGAAUUAGUGCUUGGGGUACACAUUAGUGUGUGUUGCCGGAGAAGGUCUAGUGCCUUGACCUGGGGGCUAAGGGUCCUUGCAGAUCACUGGCCUCCCUGUGCCCAUUCUUACCCUUCUCUGGAUUGCUAAUGCCUUCCCUCCCCACGUUUGGAAUAUUGCUGACAAACAGAUGGCACUUCCUCUGAUCCGCACCUCAGGAGCUGUUGCUGUGCACUGAAGAUGUGUAUACACUCACUUUUAAGAGACAGCACUCGUGCUGUUCUCUUAAGUGAAGUAAAACAAGAGCAGAAUUACUGUUUGUCCUGGCUGGUGUGGCCCUGGUGGUGCCUAGGAGCAGAUCCAACUGCCAGAGAACUGGAGCCACAGGUUCAUUGAAUGGUGUACCAAGGGAGAAGGGGUGGAGACUUUUUCGCAGAAGAUCUCUAAAAUGUGCGAAUUGUCACCAGAGAGUUGUAAACUAUUUUGGGUAGCUAUACAUCCAGGCUGUAGGUGGACAGGAACAGGAUGGGAGAAAUGGUAUGAUCAGUAGAGAUCAGAUAAAUGUGUAAGCUCCUUUAUUGGCACACUGUACCUAGUGAUGUUAACAAGAUAAGCUGUAGGUAGGAUAACUUCUCAUCAGAUUGCAGAGAUAUUUAUAGCCUGUUUCUCCUUAUAUAAUGAAAAGCUACCAGGGGAAUAACAGACAACGAUAAGGGUAAUAGCUCCCUAACUGUCACUGAUGUGAGUUCAGAGAUGACAGAUUUCUUUCCUGCGUGAGGUACAGGAUACAUUUUUUAAAACUAAAAUAUGGCAUCAGAUUCUAGUCAUCUAAAGAAAAACCAGGGUGUGGUAUUUUAUUUAUAGUACCAUAUCCGUCAGUGUGUGUGUGUGUGUGUCGGCGGGGGCGGGGGGGUAGAGGUGAGGGAUGAGUUAUUUGUAAUAAACCUGAAGGAAAUCUGCCCUUCAAAUAUAAAAUUCACCUCUUCCCUCAAGUCAUCCUUCAGUUCCCUUUCAUUAAUCUUUCUUUUUUAAAAAAGCAAGUGGAGUGAGAUCUACAAGUCAUCAAGGUGACCUUUAUUGUUUUAACCUGUCCCUCAUUUCAUUUCCAGCUGUUUUCUAGUAAGAGAGCUGGGCUACCCUGUCUCACCUUAUUUUUCCCUGCAAUUGUUGCAGACUCCCAGAUCUGGUAGAUUUGAGAGAACUUGCUUCUCAAUGGGUAAGAGCAUCUCAAUUGCUUAUGGGUGGUGUGGAUUCCUUUAGGUUUGUUUAAAGUUCAAAACUGGAAAUAAGCAGGGUUAGCAACCCAUCUGGGAUAUAAAAGACAUUUCCACAGACUGGUGUUACCUGAAUGAACGAAGAAAUUAAAUUCUUGAUUACAACUAA